AUGAAUACAGACCUGAAUCAGGAUGAAGCGCUCCUCCUCGAACAGCAAAAGUUGAAUGCCGAACUGUCAGAACUCCGGGAAUGGAUCGAUACGAGAAUGACUAAGCAAUUGAUGUUGCACGAACAGAUGGUGGUAAAUUACGAUCGGAUGUUAACAAAAUGCUACGUGUACAAAGAGGAAUUGGAACGGAAUCGCACGGAAAACGCACGUUUCAAGUUCACUUCACAGUGUUUGAUGGACAAGAUCAAAGAGUUGACCAAUAGUGAUGUCAAAAAAUCUUUAAUCGACCUCGAAAAAGACGAUAAUGUUAACGAUCACGAUAAAGAUAACGAUACCGAUGCCGAUCCAUUAACUGCAUACAUGGAAAUGUGUACCAAAAAGUUGAUAGAAGAAGUAAGUGCAUACAAAGAACAGAUCGAGAAGACAUCCAUAGAGUUGGACGAUAUCAAUAACCAGCUAGCCAAGUCGGCAAAAAUGGAAGACUGCCUAAAGAGAUGCGUGGACAACUUGACUGUGUUGGCCGAAGCAGAACGAAUGAGAAGAGACCGAGAAGAGUCAGAGCUACGGAAGACGGUGAACCAGCUGACGGCUAAACUGGAUGAGGUUCAGCAGGAAAAGGACCGAUUGCGGUCGGUCGAAGCUAAGAUUUCGGUAGAGAUGAUGCACCACGAAUCUGCGCAGAACGAAGCGUUGCGUACAGAAAACGCCCGGCUGCAGGCUAAACUGGGAGCUAGUGGAAUUGUGGUAGCCACGCUGCAAUCGAGGGUGUUUGACCUGGAGAAGGAGCUGGCCGAGCAAACGGAUGCAGAGCACAUGCAACAGGAACAGAGUCAGGUCCCCGGUUUUGGUGGUGAAUUGAUAGACGGCGGAUCGUCUACAUCUCUGAUACUGUACCAGUGUAAUCUGUCCCGGGCGGGUGACGAAAAAGUGGCCAGUUUUUCAGACCUAGGACGCGGUGAUGACCAAACAAUACCGUGUUUGUUAUCGAUCAAAAGCUCCGGCACUACUGCCGAAGACAUUCAACCGUCUAAUCCGCAGCUGACCAAUGACGACCAUCAACCAUCGUAUUUGGAUUCGACCGACGAAGACCGCCAACUGUCGUAUUCGCUGUCAUCUACUAUGGAAGACUGCUGUACCGAGACAACCUCUGAACCAUCACAGGCAAAAUUAAAAAAUAACCGUUUGGAUUACUUAAUACAAAAAUACGAGAGCAAGCACGAAGACAUUUCUAAUGCAUUUCAUAAUCAGAAAUAA